GAGGUGAAAGAAGGAAAUCCUAGAAACCUGUUUAAUAUGGGAUUUAAAUGACAUGUCCUAGUCAAAGUUAACACCAAGGUUUUUUACUUUAUUAUCAGAGGUCAAUUUAAUGCCAUCCAGGUUAAGUUAUUGACUAAGAAGUUUCUUUGGACAGUUCAUGACGGGUCGAGCCUUGGUGGUUCCUGGGUUUUUCUGAACAUCCUAACCAGUUUCAUUUCUUCUCAGGUGGACAGAUAAAACCUGUGUGGAUGUUUUUGAUUGCAAACCGUAAACUGAAAAAGUCUCAUCGAUACUGAAUACAAACAGACAGGGUUUUAUUUUGAAGAAUCUCCCUGCCGCUUCCUGUUUGGUCGGUAAUAUUCGGUUCUGGUUCGGCUGUCGGUGUUUCUAGGAUCAAAAUGACCAAACUGCAGCUGCUCAGUGCCUACCUGACGGAGCGGCUCACCGCGGUGGUAAAGGAGGUACUGGACGUGGUGGAGGACACGGUGGCCCAGUACCGGGAGGAGACGGCCAGAACCAGGCUGGAGAACGAGAGCCUGCGGAGGCAGCUGCGGGACAUCCUGCUGCUGGAGGCCGAGACCGAGUGGCUGAGGUCGACCCAGGCUGGUCUGGGGUUUGUACCUCCAGAGCAGCCUCUCGGUGAGGUGAAACCCAGAACCCACAUAGAGGAACCAGACUCCACCCUAACUCAGUCCAGACCUCCACCGGUUUCUGUGCAGCUUCUGUCGGUUCAGAAGGAAACACCAUCAGCACCAAUCCACCAUCCAGGAGAUAAGAGACCUGCAGAACCCUGGGAUCAGAUACCAAAACCCAACCUGCUGCAGGAGACAUUUGGGAGGACAUCUCCUCUGCUGUGUCAACUGUCCCUGAAUCCUCCCAGGAUCCACACAGAGGUCCCAGCUCUCAGGGAGGAGCCACAGGUCCAGCCCCCUGCACGGGUCAAAGCUGAACCUGAGGAAGCAAGCGAAGCUGACAGUCCAGCUGAGUCCGUAAUGGCAAACGUUCAUGUUGCCACAGAAGAGUCAGGCUUCGAAAACACAGCUAAAGAAGACCAGAUGUUGGUGCCAGCAGCAGAUCAGCAGGAUGCUUCCAGAACCAGGAUGACCUCCCAGGAGAUGCAGCCACCUGAUGGUGCCCAGGUCACCGGGUUCAUCCCCGAGCUCGUUCACCGCUGCCCGCGCUGCGGGGAGGCGUUCAACCACACCGCCGGGCUCCGCUUCCACCUGGAGCAGAAGAGGAAGACCUACGCCUGUGACUGGUGCUGCAAGUCCUUUGCUCAGUCGGCCGACCUACGGCGCCACCUGCGAACGCACACGGGCGAGCGACCGCACCGCUGCACCUUUUGCUCCAAAAGCUUCAGUCAGAGAGGAAACCUGCGGCGCCACCUGCGCAUUCACACCGGCGAACGUCCGUACAGCUGCCCAUUCUGCUGCCGCACCUUCAGCGAUGGAGACACCAUGAAGAAGCACAAGCGGACACACUCAGGAGAAAAACCUUACCGCUGCGCACGCUGCUCCAAGACCUUCACCAGUGCCAGCGGUCUGCAGCUGCACCUCAAGAAGGACCUGUGCUUCCUGGCAAGCACCUGAUUGGACCAAUCAGGCUCAGUCAGGACUUGAUGGACUCAUGAGACUUUAAAUGUUAGAGUAAUCCUCUGAAGCAGAUUACUACCUUCCUCUGCAGGCAGAGCUGUGAACAACCUAAAGGACGAGGUGUCUUCACAGCUCCGGGUUAUCAUAUAGAUAAUAAGGUGUGAAAACAAACUUUUUUGGUCUAAUCAGAACAGAAUCUGUAACACCUAAGUCUGAAAGCUCAGUCACAUGUCAGAGACUCAUUAGGGCCAGCAACAUGUACAGAUCCAAGUCCUUUUCUUAGCAGAACCAAUGGGGCUAAAAGUCCUAACCCAGUUCUGGUACUCGAGGGCUCGUGUUCUGCAUGUUUUAGAUGUUUCCCGGAUUCAGCGGACCUCAACUGAAUGCCUGGAGCAUUCCCAGGCCUCUGCAGAACUUGGUGAAAUGUGGAGGAGGUUCAUAUUCAGCAACUGUUGGAGAUCAUUCGGGAAACAGGCCCUCAGGGAUGGGAAUUGGACUGGUUUAAACAGAAUUCCAGAUGCAAUCAGAGAGAAUACGAGAAGGUAUCAGGUGCAGGUCUGAACAUCUAUCAGAACAGGCAGACAUGGAGAUAACCACUGAUAAAACCAUGCAACUUCUAGCAAAGAUCCACUGGACUAUGGGAGAAGCAGCCUCAACAUCUUCUGCUCAUCUGAGGUGACCCACAGACGUUCCCAAGAUUCCAAUGAGACAGAACCCUUCCUCAGAGUCCCAGUCUGCUUAAAGGCCUGCAGCCCUAGAAAGGUGGCAUACCUGUGUACAUCGCUUAUUUCUUUCAGAAUUUCCCACAUGACAUUUCAUGUUAAUUAUAUCUCAGCUACAUUUAAGUCAAACUAUCAAAGCAACACGUCCUUCUACUAGAACUUUAUUGGCCUUUAAGAAGAACCAAUUUUAUGUUCUUUGGACUCAGUGCAUAGCAAUGGAGCAUGCGUGUCAUGUGACGUCCAGUCCAGUAAUCAUUAUCAGUGGGGACCUGACUGUGAACUCCUCAUUCUAUUCCUAAACUACAUCCAUCAAGCAGAAGAAGCUUAUUACAGCAUUUUAAAUUCCUGAUCUCAUUUUUUCAGGCGUUACCCACAGAUCCUGACCUCAGGUGAGGAGUGGAACAUAGGUCAACCUGGAGAUGCUGUCACCUGCCAAAGCCCUAAUAACCCCACUGCAUGGGACAGUAACCCAUGGCCACCCAAAGGUGGCUAUGCAGACAGAAGACCUCAGCCUCAUUGGCGCUGCUGCCACCCAGAGCUUUUAUUGCUGCUUUUGCAGAUGAAGUUGUGCAUGAGAAAGAUCUACCCUGAUGGAGACACCAACUCAGACAGUAUCCAUAUGUUAGCUUGCUCCUGCAGAGCUUCUGAGCAGUUCUUCUCAGCAGGAUCAGUUCACUGGCAGCUACCCGGACAGAUUCAUCUGUUUAGUCUUUAGGAUGCAGUGGUGGAAAUGUGAUGUCUCUCUGCUGCUGAACAUCCUCCUUUGCACUUUUAUUCCGUAUGAAUGCAGCUCAGACCUCGGUUGAUCUGGUGGUGGAGUCAUCUGAAACGCGCAUGAGUUCGUCCUACAGAAAGCUCUACCUGAACUGCCGGUUAUCAGAUCCUCCAUUUACAGCCCUUUUUAGUUUCUGGACCAUUUGAUAUCAGCAGCUCACUGAUAACCUGACAGAUCUCUGGAAAUGUUCUUGAAAACUGUAGAAUUUCCAAUAAAAUCUGCUGGUGUCUCAAA